GUCCUCAGGGGCCCGGCUCCGGAGCGCGGCGCUCGGAAGGGCGACCACAGGCGGCGGGGAGGGCGCGCGGCGCGCCAUGAGCCACCGGGUGCUGGUGGAGGCGGGCCCAGCGGCAGGGGUCGCUGUGCUGAAAUUCAGGAAUCCUCCCGUGAACGCCCUCAGCCUGGAGAUGCUGAUGGAGCUGGUCAUCAGCCUGGAGAAGCUGGAGAACGACAAGGCUGUCCGCGGCAUUGUCAUCACAGCCGAAAACCCUGGCAUCUUCUUGGCCGGCCUGGACCUGACAGAAAUGUGCGGGCGGAACCCAGCCCACUAUGCCAAGUACUGGGAGGCUGUGCAGGAGCUGUGGCUGCGGCUCUACCAGUCCAGCAAGGUGCUGGUGGCUGCCAUCAACGGAGCCUGCCCCGCAGGAGGCUGUCUGGCUUCCCUGACCUGUGACUACCGAGUCAUGGCUGACAACCCCAAGUACACCAUCGGGCUGAACGAGACCCAGCUGGGCAUCAUCGCCCCCUUCUGGUUCAAGGACACACUGGUGAACACGGUUGGGCACCGCGCCGCGGAGCAGGCCCUGCAGCUGGGAACGCUGUUCCCGCCCGCCAAGGCCCUCCAGGUGGGCAUAGUGGACCAGGUGGUUCCGGAGGAGCAGUUGCAGAGCGCAGCCCUGUCCGUCAUGGCCCAGUGGCUGGCCAUCCCAGAUCAUGCUCGGCAGCUGACAAAGACUAUGAUGCGGAAGCCGACCGUGGACCAGCUGGUGAAGCAGAGGGAGGCCGACAUCCAGAGCUUUGUCGGCCUCAUCUCACAAGACUCCAUCCAGAGGGCCCUGCAGACCUACCUACAGAAGCUCAGACAGAAGAAAGGUUAAGGGUGUGGCCGCCCCAGUGGGGUCUUAGCCAGAGGCACUCCUCCACGGGCCCUCUGGCUCCAGAUGGCUUUCAACAAGGUAUAUUUCCGUGUAAACGGCACUUGAGUUUGUUUUGCUGAUCGUCUUCCUGGAAGGCCCUGUUCUCUGUCGCCCAGUGUCCUGAGGCCCCCACCACCCCCAAAAGUGCCUUUUCUGCCUGGCAGGGUGGUGAAGGAUGGUGACACCCCAACCUGGCUGUGAUGCCCCAACCUGGGAAUUAUGGGGGGCAGGCGGGGCCCUGAGCACUCCCCCCAAAGCAGAAUCGUGAAUAAAGUUCUUGGGGUACCC